AUGGGAAGCCUCGCUUUCUUUAUUGCCUCUCUAGGAUUUCUUCUACCUUUAGUCUCGAAUGCAAACCCUCUGGAUAAGAGAGCGGCGGCUCUUAAGCCAUUCAACUUACGCGUGACUUUUAAGCCAGCAGCCUAUGCUGUGCCUUCCACAAUUCAACAUGUCCAGGACGCCGUCGCCUGCGGUGCGAGUAACGGAGUCACAGUCACUGCAAAGUCAGGUGGACAUAGCUAUGGAUCUCACGGGCUUGGGGGCGAGGACGGGCAUCUAAUUAUCGACAUGAGGAAUUUCAGCAAUGUUACCGUCGACCAAACAGCGCAGACAGCCAACAUUGGUCCUGGUGGAAGAUUGGGCAACGUCGCCACUGCUCUGUACAAUCAGGGAAAGCAGGCCAUCAGCCACGGUACAUGCCCAGGAGUCGGCGUUGGUGGGCUCACCCUUCACGGCGGUUACGGAUUGUCUUCCCGCGGCCGGGGACUGACUCUCGACAACGUUCUCGAGGCUACAGUCGUCCUUGCGAAUAGCACCGUCGUCACUGCUUCGACGACACAGAACCCAGACCUCUUCUGGGCCCUCCGAGGGGCUGGAGCCGCCUUCGGUGUUGUCACGAACUUCAAAUUCAAGACCUUCACUGCACCCGAAAACAACAUCGUCUUCCAAUACUUCUUCUCACCCAGCUCAGCCUCGCAACUGGCCACGGCACUCACCGCCCUGCAAGACUUUACUCGGAACUCACAGCCACCAGAGCUCAACAUGCGCCUGUUCCUCUCAUCAUUCACCACCUUCUCAGGCGUAUACUACGGCUCCCGCUCAGAUUUCGACAAAAUCAUGAACCCGCUACUCUCAAAAAUGGGUAUCGGAUCCGGGACAGUCAGCACAAACAGUUGGUUAAAUACCCUCACCUCCUUCUCUAACGGUCCGCUCGCACAAACUGGCACUUACGACACCCAUGAGACCUUCUUCUCCAAAUCACUGAUGCCAGAAUAUAUGUCCCCAGAAGCCAUCACAGCACUCUCAAACUACUGGAAUGCAAACGCUCGCUCAAACUCUCGCCAGUGGUACCUCCUCUUCGACUGCCAUGGCGGAAACGGUAGCGCUAUCACCAAAGUCUCCGCCGACUCUACUAGCUACGCACACAGGAAUGCAACCUUCAAAAUGCAGUUCUACGAUCGCGUUGCUAGUGGAAACUACGAUCCUUCCUGGAUGCCUUUCUUGAACGGAUGGGUUAAAUCAAUCACAGACGCUAUGCCUUCUGUCAACUUUGGUAUGUAUAUUAACUAUGCGGAUACCAGUUUAACUAAAGAUGAGGCACAUACGCAUUAUUGGAAGGACAAUUAUAAGAAAUUAGUGGAUGUUAAGAUGCAGUAUGAUCCAAAGAGGGUCUUCGAAGGGCCGCAGAUUGUGGGGAGUUAA